AGCCAACACAAUGAUUUGGCCUCUACCUUGAUCCGAAGGGACGCUUAAAACCACACUGUGCUCUCCUCCAAUAGGACCAACACAAACAUAAAUAAUGUUCUCUUCUCCCUCCACCAAACUCAGUCAAUCAUUUGGGAUAUAAAUUAGUAAUCUCCUAACUGAGAAGAAUUGUGCUGGCUCACUCUCCUUUCUUUCCUUUCAUCAAGGGCUCCAAUUGGAUCUGCUUUUUGCCUAACAAGUACUCCAGUCUUCUUUUUCUCUUCCAAGGUAACAAGGAUAUCAAGAAAUUAUAUGAAUGCCAACCCCCACAUUAGCAAGAUUUGUGUCAUUGACUGUUCUAGUGGGGCUAAGCUAGUGACAGAAUCAACAGCUUCGUCAACUUCAGAAAGAACCAGCUUUGGUUUCAAGAACUUGACUGAGACUUUUUGGGUUAAUGUACAGAGAGCAGAAGGAAGGCCACUAAAUGUGCAGCUAAAUUCACCAUUAAGUACAGUGUCACCGAGUCUUGAAAAGGUGGAGAAUGUAGCUAUUAGAAUUGAGCUCUGUAAUGGAUGUGUUGGGUGGGGAGAAGUUCCUGUGCUUCCUUCUAUUACUGCUGCAAAUCAGACAGUUGCUGUUACAAAGGCUAGAGAGGCAUGGCAAUUUCUGCGUUCCAGCUCGCCUAUGGUUUUGAAUUUGAUGCUCAAUGAGAUUGGUGGGAUUCUUCCAGGAACUGGAUUUGCUUCUGUUAGGGCUGGAGUUGAAAUGGCAUUGAUUGAUGCAGUUGCUAAUAGUAUUGGUGUGCCCCUGUGGAGAUUAUUUGGUGGUGUAUCAAAUACCUUAACCACUGCUAUCACACUUUCAAAUGUUUUCCCCGCAGAAGCUUCUGAAUUGGCUUCAAAGUACUGCCAACUAGGAUUCAAGACCUUGAAGCUUAAAAUAGGGAAGAAUAUUAAAGCAGAAAUCGAAAUUCUCCAAUCCAUACAGGCAGCUCACCCCAAUUGUUCAUUGAUUUUAGAUGCAAAUGAGGAAUACACUUACAGAGAAGCUGUAGAAGUUCUUCAAAAGUUACAUGAUUCAGGGAUAACACCUACGCUCUUGGAACAACCGGUUCAUAGAGAUGACUGGAAAGGUCUUGGAGAAUUUUGUAACUUUGCAAGAGGGAAGUGUGGGAUAUCCGUUGCUGUAGAUGAGAGUUGUCAGAGCUUAAUUGAUGUUCAAACAGUUAUUAAGGGCAAUUUUGCAGAUGUCAUUAACAUCAAACUAGCAAAAUUUGGAGUCAUGGGAACCCUAGAAAUCAUUGAAUUGGCAAGAAAUUCGGGCCUAAAUCUGAUGAUUAGUAGUAUAGUAGAGACCAGACUUGCCACAGGAUUUGCUGCUCAUCUGGCUGCCGUGCUUGGCUUUUUCAAGUAAUUACUCAAUCUAUUU